AUGGCUUUCGCCAAAAGCGGCACUGUGGCUGAACGUGCUCUUUGGGAGAGCGUAGAGGUCUCGUGUACCUGCAGAAGGUUCUUAGGCGACCUACCUAUGCCUAACAACAAAUACAUCUGCAAGGAACACCUCGAGAAGAACUGGAACCGAUUGCAGGCUGCAAGGGAUGCUACGAACGCUUGGCUUACUGGUUUGGAGCGAAGAGGCGGCAAAAUGGCUGUGGCGCGCGCUGCGACUGUCACCAUGCGUACCAACAAUGGGGAACAACGUGCAUGUCCUUGUGGUAGAGAAGUGAACCAUGCGCCGCCUUAUGUUGCAGAGUUUGCAAUGUGUAUGGCUUGUCUUGGCGUUCGGACGCUGAAUCCAGGCAAUCCUGUUUCGGUGCAGGUUCCUUUUGCUACUCAACUACAGUUUGAGACUGCGUGGAAGAAAUUUCUGAAGUGGAAGAAGAUCAGAACUCAUGGUACACGUUUGUAG